AUGCAGAAGGCCGCUCUCCGAGAUUGGUGCAGCAUAUCACAAUGGCUGGCACGCCAAGGUCAUGCAGACCAGGCCCCGAUCAUUUUUGAAGGUCGGCCUGAUGCCAGUAAGAUCCGGCAAGGCCGUGUCACAGACUGCUCCUUGAUGUCCGUUUUGUCAGUGCUGGCCAACUAUGACAAUUGCUGCAAGACAUCAACCCUGGAGAGUAUUGUGCAAGGACCUGUGAGGAGAAUUCAGAACACCGUUGAGUAUUCAUGUUGCCUUUUCGUGAAUGGUAUUUUCCGAUGUGUCCUGGUUGACGACCUGGUGCCCGUUUCCACCAGCGGGAAGUUGCUUUGUGCACAUUCAGCAUCUUCACGUGAGCUUUGGGUUUUGCUCAUUGAGAAGGCUGUCGCGAAGAUUAUGGGUGGCUCCUAUGCGAUGCGAGGAUCGAAUCCCAGCACAGAUGCAUUUCAUCUCACUGGGUGGAUUCCAGAGACCUUUCCCUUUAAGGAGGAGACUGGGGAGAGUAGUACUUCUCAAACAGAGUGGAUGAACAUCUUUGACACGGCACAGCAAGGUUUUCGGGAUGGACACUGUGUGCUUUGCGUUGGGACGACAGAGCUACCAGAUGCUACAACCAGCGAGUUGGCACUUCGUAGCGGAUAUUCGGAGGGGGUGAGCUCUUCAACUGGCUUAGUGGCAGGUCAUGCGUAUCCUGUGCUGCAGUGCCGCUUCGAAGAGGGUCAGCGCUUGCUAUUUCUCAAGAAUCCUUGGGGCCAUACCAGAUGGAAGGGUCGUUUUGGUCCCGGCGAUUUGAUUUGGAAAUCAAUGCCAACACUUGCAUCCAAGCUCGGAUACAACAGUGAGGCUGCUGCCGUCGAUGAUGGUGCCUUUUGGAUUCCCUGGGAGGAUGUUGUUCGGUACUUCAGCCACUUCUAUGUGGCUUGGUCACCAGCAGCACUACAGCUGCAUGAGGUACAAGCACAUGGCUGCUGGAACCCGUGGCCACAUUUUGUUCAGAGCAUUUUGCCAGAUGAUACAGACAUUUUGGCCUUCAAUCCUCAAUUUCACUUGCAGCUGAACGAGCCACUACCAGCAGCUGAAGGUGUUGGACUUUGGGUGGUUUUAAGCAGGCACAUCAAGAGCCAAGCUGACUAUAAUUCUCAUUUCAUCUCAGUAAGUCUUUACAGUGGCAAAUCGCGCAUUUGCUGUCCAAAUACUGUUUUAGAGCAAGGAGUCUUCUCGAACGGUGAGUGUGCGUUGGUGAAGUUGCGAAAUAAUUCAGCGAAUACUCAAGACUUCACAGUGGUGGUCUCUCAGCAUGGAGCAAAGAGAGCCUUCAACUACACGAUCCAGGUCUACACACAAGUGGCGGCGACACUUGUUGAGUUGCCUCCGUUGGUACCAAACAACUAUGCCUCUGGCUCUGUUCGGGGCGAAUGGACGCGGCGCACUGCUGGAGGAUGCAGCAAUAGUGUAUGGUCAUUUUUCCAGAAUCCUCAGUGGAGCUUCACCGUGCCACCGGAGGGAUUACAGGAGUUGAUUUUCUUCUUGGAAUGCCAAGACGUUUCGGUGAAUUUACGCCUCUUCACCGAUGCCGUCGCACGCCCUGAAGCACUCCGGAAUGCCACCUCCAGCGGGGCCUAUCGCCGGGGCUGUUGCAUGCUGCGGCUGAAAGACUUGGAGGGGCUUCAGACCUAUGUCCUGGUGGUCUCUACCUUCCGCCCAGGAGUUUGUGGCUCUUAUCGGCUUGCCUGGCACGCAUCAAGCAGCAUCACCAUGUCGCCACAGCCACAUCCCUUCGUAGAAGGAGCCUUGGCACAUCCAUUGAAGUCCGUGGUGCAAAAGAUGAGCAUCGGCUCCAUGGUCGAGAUGCAGCUCCGCCUUGUGGAGCAGACAGCCUCCACGGCGUGUCAAGCUUGUCGCGUGAGUGUUCGGUUGCAGGGGAGCUAUGAUGGAGGCGAGCUUCCUUAUUUGGAGUUGAGCAGUGCCCACCCAUCGCGGCAGGCGCCAUACUGUGUACGUUUGAAAGCCUCUGAUGCAGAACAGUAUUUCCAACUUACGGGCGCUUCAGUGAUCCUCUUUGCACAGCUGAAGCCCUUGGAGAGCUACGUGCUCCGUGCCAAAGUGCCGCGAAGUCCUGGAGCCCGAAGUGCGAAGCUUUACAUCAACUCAGAUCGCCUUGUUCUACUAGACAGCCCAAUGAGCCCACGAGGACGAAGGAGGUGA